CGCUUCUCUGACGCAUUUCCCGUGCGCCGGAGCAGAAGCCCGUCGUGGUUCCUGCUGGUGAGCCGGGAGUCGGGAAGAUGGUGGUCACCAGAUCGGCGCGGAAGAGCGUGGUGAGCCAAGCUUCAACAGCUGCAAGUCCCCAGCAGAAGGAUUCUACCGCUGGUGGGUGUCGAGCACAUCCAGAAAACAAGCAGAAAUCUGAAUCUGAUGACCCAAAAGACAGCCCAGUCCCUAGAAAUCCUAAAUCCAGGAAGAGGAAGAAUGGGCCGACAGCUGCACUGCCAGAAGCAACUGAACCAUCUGAUGGUGAAACCUCUGAUACAGAGUCCAACUAUUCAGUAUCUGAGACCCAGGAACCCAUCUUAAGAAUAACUAGGAGGAGGCAGAUCGUAAUUGCCCCCACCCCCGUGUCAACUAGGAAAAGGCCAAAAGUAACCACAGCGAGUGAAUCUCAGACUGAAGAAGUUGUCUCAGAAGCAGAAUCCCAUACUUCAGGUGUCUCGAGAGUCGUGCCUUCUGCAGAGCCAGCCACUAGGGCCCAGAGGAGCAAGGCUAAAUCUGGGGCAGAUGCAAAGCAGGAGUCCGCCGCCAAGUCGUGUGCAAGUGCUUUAUUCUGUGAACUUACACCCAGGAGAUCCAGCAGUAGGCAGCCGCGGAGAACACAGACACAGGCCAGAAGGAAGGAUGCUCACAUUGGAUCAAGAAAUGAAAAGCCCGUCAUUGAUGUGCCUGAGAACACAGAGGAUGUGGAUGCCAAACGAACUUCUCCUGUACAACCAAGCUCUCUUUCUCAGGUAAAUGAGUCUAGUCUACCCACUAAUGAAAUUUAUAAUGACGUGGAUGAUGAUUCCUUCCACAUAAAUUCAAACAAAAUACUGACUACACAAAAUCAAUCUUUUAAUGAAAAGGAGGAAGAACAGGCCAGUAUUGUGUCUCCUAAAGAAAUGAAGCAGAAUUUUAAGAGUUUGGGUGAAGGAAACAACAAGAUGGUAAAUGAGGGGAAAGACACUAAUGCAGCCUCUCAGCUGCAUCUCUCUGAACUUCAGGAUGUCAGCCCCCAGGGGUUGGGGGCAUCUCAGAAGCAUUCAGCUGCUCAUCACCAUGCCCACACAGAGCCCUCAAGUCUGAAUGGUGAGGCUGUGGCAAAGUCCUUAGUUCAGAGUUUUGCAGUUGUGGAAGUGGACAGAUGGAAUGAAGAGAGGAGGAGCACCAUAAAAACAAAUGACUUGACGGAGCUUGGUCCCAGUGGUGAAAGCGAUGAUGAGGAGUCCAUGAUUAUGGGUGUCAACAAGGACAGGAAUGGCGAAGGGCACGCAAAUCGCAAAUGUGAUAGCACACCAAGGUCUGCACUCAGCACAUCCGGGGAAGCAGAGGGCUCUGUGUUGUUAGUUCUCAGUAGCGACGAAAGCCAGGAGUCUGUAAGCAGUGAUGAUGAAGAGGACAGUGUGUGCUAUGUUGAAAGGAGUGGGCAGAAAGAGGCUCUAAGUGGCAAGUCUUGUGACGAUGCAUUGUUUGUGAUUGACACCACUCCUGGAUUGAGUGCUGAUAAACAUUUUUACUUAGAAGACGAAGACAAGGUAAAAGAGGUUGCCACUGAGGAGGAACAAGAGGAGGAGGAGGAGGAGGAAGAGGAUGAAAGUGAAGAAGAACAAUCAGACCAAGAUAAAAAUAAAAAUGCUGAGUUCAGUGAUGAAGACGACUUACUAAGUAACACAAAGUCUAAACUCUUGAAAUUGACAAGCAGCAGUAUAGACCCCGGUUUGAGUAUCAAGCAGCUGGGUGGUCUGUAUAUUAAUUUUAAUGCAAACAAACUACAAUCUAACAAGAAAACUCUUACUCAGAUCAAAGAGAAAAAGAAAAAUGAGCUUCUGCAGAAAGCCGUCAUUACACCUGAGUUUGAAAAAAAUUACUGUGUCCCACCGUACAGUGAAUCAAAGCGUCAGCUUCAGAAGAGGCGCAGGAAAGAGCGACAGAAAACUGCAGGUGAUGGCUGGUUUGGUAUGAAAGCUCCAGAAUUGACAGAUGAACUGAAAAAUGAUCUCAAAGCACUGAAGAUGAGAGCAAGCAUGGACCCAAAAAGGUUUUACAAGAAAAAUGAUAGAGAUGGCUUUCCCAAGUACUUCCAGGUUGGAACCAUUGUUGACAAUCCAGCCGAUUUCUACCAUUCACGAAUUCCUAAGAAGCAAAGGAAAAAGACUAUUGUGGAAGAACUGCUGGCUGAUUCUGAGUUCAGAAGGUAUAACCGAAGGAAGUACUCAGAGAUUAUGGCUGAAAAAGCAGCAAAUGCAGCAGGAAAAAAGUUCCGAAAGAAGAAGAAAUUUCGCAAUUAAGACUAACUAUGCAAGCCAAAGCAUUUUAUAUUCUCUUACUUUACUGAAGAUGUUUUGAAAACCAUUACCAUAACCAUAGAUUAUGUACGAUAAUCCUUAUGAAGGGAUUUUUAGGAGAAGUUAAUUUGAAAUAAUCCUUGUGCCUCUUGGAAUAAAAAUAGAGGCAUUUACAAGGAAGAAGCUUAUCCGUUUUGAGAAAAGUUAUGUUUUUGUAAAGUUUCCAGUGUUUGAUUAUUUAAAAAUUUAUUUAUUUGUUUGAAAGGCAGAGUUACAAAAAGAGAGAGAGAAACAAAGUUUCCAGCCACUGGUUCACCCCCCAAAUGGCCACCACAUCCUUGGCUGGCCCAGGCUGAAGCCAGGCGCUUCUUCCAACUUUCCCACAUGGAUGGCAGUGGCACAGGCUCUUGAGCCAUCUUGCUGCCUUUCCAGGCCAUUGACAGGGAGCUGGAUUGGAAGAGGAGCAACUGGGACUGGAUCCUAUAUAGUAUGCUGACAUCACAGGCAGCAGCUUAACAGACUAUACCCUAAUGCCAUUCCCCUAAGACAAUUUAAUCUAAAACCACUUGGAAAGUAUAAGGUUUGCUGUCAUAUUCACAAGACUACAUUUUGUGCAGAAUUACUGCCUGGGACAUCCAAGAGAUGAGUGUCUGGUUUGAAUCCUGAUUGUUCUCCUUCUUGCCCAGCUUCUGCUAGUGUAUCAACUGAGAGGAACAAAUGGUGGCUCAGGCCAUUAAAUCACUGCCACCCACAGGAGAGGCAUGGACUGGGUUCUAGGCUCCUGGCUUUGUACUAGCCCAGCUGAGGCCAUGACAGGCAUUUUGGAAAUGAAUUAUGGAUGGAAGCUAUUUCUCCAUCUGCCUUUCAGAUAAACAAAUUUUUUUAAUCAUCAAAGAUACAUAAACAGUUUUAUAAUUACUGUGUAGUUUUAUAUGUAUGGGUAGGAGGAGAUAGUAGACAGGCAGUGCCUAGAGUUAACUACAAAUUCAGAUAAUACAAGUUGAUGGCAUCUGUACAGAGAUCUGUCUCCAAUAUAGGGCACAUUUUAAAACAAAACCAAAAAUCUCAGUGAAACUACAAAUAGGUCUGUAAAGUUAGACGACCAGAAAGUCGGGUGAAAGUAGAGGAGGUGGGACAGAAUUUCCUUAUUGAUGACUAAAAGCACGAGUAUUUGAUUUUACCUGAAUUCACUGUGUCCAGGCUAUAGCCUAGCUUACCUCAUCUCUGUUUUCCCAGCAUACUACUUGAGAUUUCAGUAAAUAUGAAAUCUAUAUUAUAUUUAGUGCUUGAGGUCACCAGCAACCUAGGAAUAACAGAACUGAAAACACAGGAGGAGUUAAGGAAGGAUCCAUUUUGUUUUGUUUUAAGAAAAACCCUUAUUUCAAUAGUAUUUUGUCUUCUAUUAGGUAAUGCAAGGAUCUGGUAUGAGAAUUUAAUAUCAAAAUGGGAAAAAGAAAUAACAACUAAUUUAUAUUUCUACCAAGAGAUACUUAAAACAUUUCUUUUGCUUAGCUGUGAAAACACCCAAGUUGUUGAUCAUUCAAUAAAUGUUU